CCAGCGUUCCUGUCCGUGGUGCAGACGUAUCCAAGGAAUAAGCUGGAGGCAGCUCCCGUGUCUCAUUUGCCUGUUGUUCUGUUUUCUCUGCUUUGCUGUGCCCACAUUCCGUGUUUUUUUUUUCUCUCCCGUUUCCGUUCAUGCCUCGCAGUAGAAGAGCAGCUUCGUGAAGUAGGUAACUAUGAUUUUUUUUUACUUCUUUUUUUUUUUUUUCCUCUCCUCCUCCUCGCUUUGUCCUUUUCCACCUUUCUCUCCUUGCUUUGUCCUCUGUGCGUGGGGAGUCCGCAAGGGCCUUUGGAGACCAGUCUUUCCUCCUCUUCCCUCGAAUCCUUCCUGAUCCCUGGAUGGGGUUGGGGGGGCAGACUGCGAGGAGGGACCUUCCUCUCCCACCCUGCUGGUUUUCCCAGAGAUCCUGCAGUUCCUCUGCUCUUUUAUGUCUCAUGACAUUCCCAGGAAGACCAAGUGAGGAGAUGAACAUUCCUCCCAAGAAGAUACUGCCAUGGUGUCUGGUGGGAGCUGUGGUGCUGAGCAUCGGCGAAGGCGGGUUUUGGGAAGGCACCGUGAAGGGCAGGACUGGCUGGUUCCCAGCAGAAUGUGUGGAGGAGGUGCAGAUGAGACAGUACGACUCCCGGCAAGAAACCAGAGAAGACAGAACCAAGCGGCUCUUCCGACAUUAUACUGUGGGCUCUUACGACAACUUCACCUCUCACAGUGACUACAUCAUUGAGGAGAAGACGGCCGUGCUGCAGAAGAGGGAGCAUGAGGGAUUCGGGUUUGUAUUGCGAGGGGCCAAAGCUGAAACCCCGAUCGAGGAGUUCACCCCCACCCCGGCCUUCCCAGCGCUCCAGUACCUGGAAUCAGUGGACGUGGAAGGAGUCGCUUGGAGAGCGGGGCUGCGCACGGGGGACUUUCUGAUCGAGGUGAAUGGUGUGAACGUGGUGAAGGUGGGGCACAAGCAGGUGGUGUCCCUGAUCCGGCAAGGGGGGAACCACCUGGUGAUGAAGGUCGUGUCCGUCAGCCGCAAGCCGGAGUCGGAGGAAGUCGUUCGGAAGAAGGCUCCGCCGCCUCCCAAGAGAGCGCCCAGCACCACCCUGACGCUGCGGUCCAAGUCCAUGACGGCCGAGCUGGAGGAGCUGGCCUCCAUGCGGAGAAGGAAAGGGGAGAAGCUGGAUGAGAUCCUGGCGGCCGCGGAGCCGGCGCUGAGGGCGGAUAUCGUGGAAGCAGAUUCCAGGGCAGCCACUGUGAAACAGAGACCAACCAGCCGGCGGAUCACGCCCGCGGAGAUCAGUUCCCUCUUUGAGCGCCAGGGCAUGGCAGCACACUCGGGGGUCCUGGCGGGAGCUGAGAAGCCCCACGUUUCCCUGCGCAAAGGAAUUCCACGGACAAAAUCCGUAGGAGAAGACGAGAAACUUGCUGCUUCUUUGCUCGACGGGAAGUUUCCCCGGA